AUGGUCAAUGAGGACGUUUCAAAUCAGGCCCAGAGGAAGGAGGUGUUUCUGCAGGAGCGAUACGGGCACUUCCAGCUUCGGGACCCCUUCCUGGCUCUCCAGAGGGACCUGCAGUGCUCCGUCUCUGGGGACAAAGAGGCCCGGGUGUCCGGCUCCAGCCCAAUGGCUGUGCUGCAGGCCGUCAUGGCUCAUUGCAGAAAGAUGCAGGAGCGAAUGUCUGCGCAGCUUGCCGCUGCAGAAACCCGGCACAAGAGGUUGGAGAUGGAGAAGCUUCAACUGCAGGGCCUGGAGCAGGAGCACCGCAAGCUGACUGCGCAGCUGAAGGACGAGCGCGACAAGAACAAGCACAUCGUCAUGAUGCUGGUGCGCGAGUGCAAGCAGCUGGCCACGCGUGUCGUGGAGGAGUCGCAGCGCUUUGACGACCUGCAGACGCGCCACGACAAGGAGACGCGCAGCUCAGGUCGGUUGCAGGAGGAACUGCUUGUUGAAAGGCAGAAGUCCCAGCAGAUGGAGGCCAGCAUGGAGAAACAGCUGUCCGAAUUCGACACAGAGCGGGAGCAGCUACGCGCCAAGCUGACCCGCGAAGAAACGGAGAACGAAAGCUUAAAACAGCAGAUGGAGACGCUCAGGACUGGGCAGGGCGAUAGCAAAGAGGCUAACGAACCUGUUAGCAAACCGGAAAUUAUCAAAGUUGUUACGGCUUCAGUUUUGGUUGCGACAGAUCCGGUUGCAUCUAGAACAAUAUCUUGCCAAACGGACAGCGAAACGGAGGUGGCGGCAGCGAAAAAAGGCCCCAUGUCAAUCCCUGUGAAGCCCGCCAACUAUGUGGGGCUGAGUUUGCCCAAAUCACGGACGCUGAGUUCGGAAAAUGGCGCUGAGUCCACGCAGCACACGAGCGGGUUGCCGACUGGGGUGAGUCCGCGAGUCCAGGCCGCAAGGUACAAGUUCCAGGAGCAGGACCAAAACCAGAAUGGGUCUCAGAGCAGCCCACCCACGAGAGACCUGUCGCCCACCAACCGAGAGACCAACUUUGCCGCCAAACAGCAGGCGCGGCACACGGUCACUCAGGUUUUAUCACGGUUCACAAGUCCUCCGAGCUCCACCCCGCUGCGGCCCGGCCUGUCGCACUCUGCCUCGGAGAGCGGGCCAUUCCCGGGUCGCCUCAGCCACCCCAUUGGCAUCAAGUCCCCCACUGUGGCCCGCAUCGACCGUGGGAACCCACCCCCCAUCCCGCCCAAGAAGCCCGGCCUGUCACAGACCCCCGCGCCCUCCAUAAAGGCGGGGAAGAUCACGCCACAGCUGCCCCCCAAGCCCGCGCUCGACCUGGUGCCCCCGCUGGCUGCCUCCCAGACCAAGAUGGCUGCCACAGCAUGUGCCCCUCCCCCUCCAUCCUCUCCCGACAGCGCUAGCCUCCUGGCAGCAGCAUCAGGCCGCUGCCCCCCCGUAGCCCUCUGGUCUGGGGGAGCCUGGUCCGAAGCCCUGGACUCGGACCGGACUUCGCUCCCCGCUGCUCUCCAGGAACACGCCACUUUAUCGUCAAUGCUGCUCAACCCACAACUACAACAACAAAAACUACUAGCACCCCCAGACUGUGAACCCGCCCCCAAUCCCCUCCCGUCCAGUCAAGACUCUAACCCUGCCCAUACGCAAAACCCCGCCCCCGACUGUGAACUUGACCGCUACCUCUUAUCGUCCAACCGCAACGCUCCGCUGCUCCACCAUCGGGACUCCAUAGAAAACCUCAGAAUUGCUGCUCUCUUCACCGCUGCUCAAAAUGGACAAACGGAUCUGGUGGAGGAGCUGCUGUGUGCCGUCUCUGCUGAUGUCACUGAUCUGAACGGGUUCACUCCUCUGCACUUUUCAGCGGCUCACGGACACUCCAGUUGUGUGUCGGCGCUACUGUCCUCUGCUGACGUGAAUGUGCUCUCUUGUGGAGGGUGCUCUGCUCUGUUUGUGGCUUCAGAAUCAGGACAAAGUCACUGUGUGCGACUUCUGCUGGAGGCUGGAGCUGACCGCAACCUAAGCACCACUGACGGCUGCAGUCCUCUCCACGCUGCGGUGCGCUCAGGAAACCUCGAUGUGCUGCGUCUGCUGCUGCACCACACGGUUGAGUCUGUGGCCCCGCCCCCUGACCAUGUGGCGCCAUCCCCUGUUACAGCGGUUACACUGCACGUCUCUUCUGAGCUGCUGAACCAAACAAACGCAGAGGGAUGGACCGCCGCCCACAUCGCUGCCGCGCACGGACACAAGGAGUGUUUGGAGGAGCUGUGUUCUCAUCGUGAACAAAGCCUGGACCUCAGAGACCAAUGGAACCGGACCAUCCACGACGUGGCCACAGACGACUGUAAAGAGCUGCUGGAGAAUCUGACUUCGUACCGCGUCAGCGUGUGGCUGUCGUGCAACACGGCUAUGGAGGUCCCUGCUCCGGUCCCUGCUCUGGUUCCUACUCUGGCAACCGGUUCUUUGGUCCCAGCGGGUCACCUGGACCUCGGCCGUGUGGUGAUCAACCGGGACUCCACCUGGUCCCAGAUCUGGACUGCAGUAGUCCGUCUCUUUGUGGCCUUUGUCUGUUCUCUGUGUGAGAGUCCGGAUCUGGACCAGGAUCAGGACAGACCUUUGGGACUCAGCCACUGCAGCGUCAAGUCCAUCUGCAUAGGAGAUAGAGAGUGGUCUGUGGGGGAGGAAGUAUCACUCCUUCCCUGGGAUCUGGUCCGGAAACCACAGAGUCCAAAUGUCCUGGUCCAGCUUAAAGGUGUGCAGGAGUCCUGUCUGGAUGAAGUCGCCCUCUUCUCUCUGAUCCCUCUGUCCACUCUCAACAACUAUGUACGCCUGGUGGAGCAGUACGGGAACCUUAUGCUUCAUGGAGUUGAGGGAAGUCUCCAGGAGAACAUCGCUGCUGCUGUCGCUCACUGCAUCAAAAAAAAGCAGGAGGCUCUGGGUCUUCCCUGUGAUCUGUUCCGAGUUCAGGUGGACUCCAGUCUGACCCGAGACCAGCUCCUGGACUCCUUCAUCCAGGCCGGUCUGCUGGUUCCUGUGGGCUCAGAGGGCAGCACUCGUGUGAUAGUGACAGUGGAACACCUGGAGAGGGCGCUGUCCCUGUGUGCGCUGAUGGGAGAUGUCUGCUACAGUCUGGACCACAGAGGACCCCAGCACAUGGUCCAGACCAGAGCAGGCCCUCAUUGGCUGGUGGAGGGCGGUUACAUCAUCACCACGCUGUCUAAGCCCCGCCUCCAGGGCCCAGAGCUACGCCUCCAGCAGCACCUGCGCUGGGUGUCUCUUCGCUGGGAUCAGGAGCCCACAUCCGGAGCCCUGCAGCGGUGCCUGAGGGCCAGAAUACAGGCUGCUGCUGGGUCACAUGACAGUUUGCUGCAGCGCUCUGCAUUGUGGGUAGCACGGUUCUGGCAGCAUUUGAACUCGUGUCUGUGUCGUCUGGGAACCACAGAGGCUCUGAUCGGCCCCGAGCUCUUCAUGACCUGUCCUCUGUCCAAUGAGGAGGACUUAGUGAGGUUUCUCUGUGUCCAGUGGAACUCUGUAGUGGUUCCUCGAGUGGAAGAGGCCAUCAUGUCCAGAGUGUCCCCCAGACGCUCCUCCCUCAGCACCACCGCAGGCCCAGAGCUGUGCAUCAUGGGACAGAUGGGGGGGCCCUCACCGGGACACAGAGCUCUGAUAAAAGCAGCUCUCAGCAUAAUCCUUAACCGGGCUCUGCUGCAGGAUUGUCCCAUGUCCAGAUUAGAAAUGGAGCGGUUCCUCCCAGACUUCUGCGGCAGCUCGUUCCCUCUGUCAGCUCUAAGUCCAGACCCUAGGCCGGAGCCUAGACCAAACCCAGGCCUUAAACCCGGGUCGAUGCCUGCUCGGCUCUGGAAGAGGAGGGAGCACAGGCUGAAGCGCUCCAACACGUCCCCCCGCAAGAGAGCCGUGUCUGGGGCCGGGCUGGGAGGAGCCGGGGGGUCCUUCAGGGAGGUUUCCCAGUCCUCAUCUGACGUCAGCUUCAUGAGUGGGAGUCCACUCCACAGAUCUGGAAUGGGGCUGUUCUCAGACGAAGAGACCGAUCUGAUCUCUGAACUACAGACUCUGUGCUCCAGCAAAUCUGAGCCAGACAUCAGCAAGAUCUCUCAGACCAAAGAAAGGUUCUCCAACGAAACCCCCACACAGCAGCGGAGCGACAAGACUCCUCCUGUUUCUCCAACCGUCCAUCGCUCCAACUCGCGUUUACCCCUUCCAGCCACCAGGCGCAGCAGUGGCGACCCCGUGUGGAUCCUGCAUGAGAACUACAUCCCCCACAAUCCCCCGCUGUAA